AGGUCAUUGAUCCUAGUGACGAACGCAUCGAACGCAUACUACCUCAAGGAAAAUUCGUCAUUCGGCUCAACACACAGGACACUGUCAUUUGAGAGUCUGGUACCUCGGAUUUGACACAUUAGAAUUGACACUGCGGUGCGGCCGACAAGCCUCGACACGGGUGGCCAGCAGAAAAAUGGACAUUCUCAGAAAUCUCUCGUUAUAGCAUGAAUCGAAAAUGGCCAAUUACUCGGCGGCCACGCAGCUCAACAUGGAGCCUAGCCAGACGGACUUCUAUCAUCCGUACCAGCCUUAUGUGAUACAGUUAGAAUUUAUGAUGAACCUGUACAAAUGCAUCGAGGAGAAGAAGGUUGGCAUCUUCGAAUCCCCGACUGGCACAGGCAAGUCUCUGAGUCUUAUAUGCGGUGCCCUGACAUGGCUUCGAGAUCACGAACGUCGAAUGUUGAAUGCCACGUUUGGCCAGACUGAUGCAUCUGACUGGUUAUUGCAAGCCGAAUUUGCGGCACAACGCCGAGCACUGAUGCUAGAACGAGAGGAACUCGAACUCAAGCUGACAAAGCUUCGAGAAGAAGAAAAUCGUCAGAAGCAGAGAGGAAGUGAUGCGAGGGGAUUCAAGAAAGCCCGCACUGGUGUGAUUCAGAACCAGGUAUCAGUUGACGACGACUUUCUGGUCGAAGAUUACGAGAGUGACUCCGAAAGAACAGCGGCUUCUACAACCUCGAAAGAAGGGUUUUCUAGUUCAACACAAGCACUACUUGACAAGCUUCGACCUUCUGUCAAGGCAACAGACGUUGAAGAGCCCGGUUCGGACCGCCUCAAGGUUAUUUUCUGUUCUCGAACUCACUCGCAAUUGACCCAAUUUGUCAAUGAACUCCGUCGUGUGAAGCCACCGCCAUCUAUGGAUUUGAUGAUCGAUGAUGCAAAACAAAACUCCAAGUUGGAGGAAAUAGUGAAGCAUCUCGCACUUGGAUCGAGAAAAAACUUGUGCAUUAAUCCCAAAGUCUUACAACUGUCAUCAACAGCUGCUAUCAACGAAAGAUGCCUUGAUUUACAAAAACCCGGGAUUGCAAAAGACAAAAAGUGCCCCCAUCUUCCUUCAAAGGAAGACAAGGCAAGGGUAGAUGCUUUUCGAGACAGAGUUAUUUCUCAGAUCAGGGACAUCGAAGAUGUCGGCAAUCUUGGUAAGGACUUGCAGAUUUGUCCAUACUAUGCAUCUCGAACUGCUAUAGCGCCAGUUGAAAUUCUUACCCUGCCAUACCCACUUCUUCUGCAAAAGUCUGCUCGAGAGGCUAUGGGUAUCUCCGUCCGGGACAAUGUGGUCAUUAUUGACGAGGCCCAUAAUCUCAUGGAUGCGAUUGCUGAUACAUUCUCAGUGUCCCUGAGAUUGAGUCAAAUUGAGCAAGCUCUACGACAGAUGACGGCUUAUGCGAUUCGUUUCAAGCAGCGUCUCAAGGGGAAGAAUCGCGUCUAUGUUACUCAAGUCAUCCGAUUGCUCAAUUCGUUGAUAGACUGCUUGCAAGUUGUAACUGAAAAAGCACACUCACAUGAAGUGACAGUCACAGCUGCCAAGUUGAUGUCUGGAAAAGGCGCGGAUCAAGUAAAGCCGCACAAGUUGCUGCAAUAUCUUUAUGAGAGCAAGCUUUGUCACAAGGUUGAAGGUUACAGUGACUCUCAGAGCGAUGAGAAGCCGAACACUGGAAAGGGAGCCAUGAUGCAGUUUCAGAACUUCUUAACCGUAUUGAUGAAUCCAGAUGAUGAGGGCAGGUUCUUUGCGGGUCGACAGGACAAGGACAUUGUUGUCAGGUACACCCUGCUGGACCCGAGAGAACAUUUCCGUGAAAUCGUUGAAGAGUCUCGUGCGGUCAUCCUGGCUGGAGGAACCAUGUCACCAAUGUCAGACUAUGCAGACUAUCUAUUCUCGUACCUCAACAGAGAAAGCCUUGAAAUGUUCAGCUUCGGCCACGUUAUCCCGCCCUCUCAUUUGUUUGCCCAGGCGGUUGUAAAAGGGCCCUCAAAUAUCGACUUUGAUUUCACCUUUGAACGACGUGGUUCGGAAUCGAUGAUCGUUGAGCUUGGGAACAUGGUUCUGCGGACUUGCACUGUUGUCCCAGACGGAGUGGUGGUCUUCUUUCCAAGCUACGACUAUCUCACUCAGGUUAUCUCUGUUUGGCAGAGGUGUCCGGCGAGCUGUUCUCUGAUGCAAUCGCUGGCUGCCAAGAAAACGGUCUUUCAAGAAUCAAAAGGUGCAGCUGCCGAUGAUCUGCUCCGGGACUAUGCGAUUGCUAUAGAUUCGGGCAAAGGAGGGCUUUUGUUGUCGGUUGUAGGCGGAAAGCUCUCUGAAGGCAUCAAUUUCUCAGACAAACUGGGUCGCGCAGUCAUUGCGGUGGGCCUUCCAUUUCCCAAUGCCAAUGGAGCUGAAUGGAAAGCAAAGAUGCAGCACAUCGAAGAGCUGCAAUAUCACCAGUGCAAGAAGGCUGGUAAAACAGAGGGUGAAAGCAGGGCUGCGGCCAAAAGUGCUAGCAGAGAUUUUUACGAGAACGCAUGCAUGAGGGCAGUAAAUCAGAGUAUAGGAAGAGUGAUCCGGCAUAGAAAUGACUACGCCGUGAUUCUGAUGGUCGAUCGACGUUUCUCGACCGCGAGGAUAACACAGAAACUUCCUGGCUGGAUCAAAGACAGCAUGCACAAUAGUCCUGUGGCAUGGAAAGUGACCGAAGCGGACAUUGAGGCCUUUUUCAAGGCAAAAGAAUGA